AUGGCCGAAGACCUCGACUCGAUCGUCAAGGGAGCCCCGACUGCCGCUUCCGCUGCCACAGCCGCCAGCGAUGCCAAACCCGGCUCUGGCACAGGCCCGUUUCCGCCGGCGAGCAAGCCUGGCGAUCCGCUGCAUCACACGCCGAGCUCCCCGUCCAUGAUCUACCUCAACCUCUUGAUCCUCGAAGCCUCGCUGCGCGCCCAGUUCCUCGAGUUGCGCGCUCGCAAGCGGCACCACACCUUCUUCCUCGCCAUCCUGACGCUCUGGGUCGCAUUCUUUGGGUACAAGCUCUACUUUGCGCCGCGCGAGGACGGCCGCGGCGUAGGAGGGUCUAUCUACUGGGCCGUCGAGGGCGCGCAAAAGGUGUGCUUCAUGGGCGGCAUCAUCACCGCCGCUCUCGUCUGGGCAACGGGCAUCUGGGAUCGCGGCAUCCGGUGGCCGCGCCGCUGGUUCGCCAUCUCCAACCGAGGUCUGCGCGGCUUCAACUGCAAGCUCGUCAUCAUCAGGCAGACGUGGUGGGCCGAGGCGCUCUCGACCAUUGGUUUCUUCCUCACGUACGGCCUCUUCUCGCAUACCGCCAGUUCGUCGUACCGCCUUGUCGAGCCGCAACUGUUGCGCCAAGUCGAGAAGGAGCUGCAGCUCUCGAGCGAUAACCACCCGACGCUUGUUCUUCCACCCGACGACGACGAGCUGGGCGGUCACGAGGAGGAUCUGGCGCCUGGCGGGGAUUACGUCAAGCUACUGCUCCUACCCAAGCCGUUCUCGCCUACAUUCCGCGAAAACUGGGAGCUCUACCGCACCGAGUACUGGGAGAGGGAGAAUGAGCGCCGGCGGCUUCUCCGGCAGAAAGUCAAGGAGCACGACAGGAAGGUCGCAAAGGAGCAAUACGGCUGGCUGUGGUGGCUGCCUUGGCGCCAGCAUUCGCAGCCUCGCGCUCGUCGCGACCCGCCAAAGCUGCCGCAUCACCGACUGGCGAGCGCAGAUCGCAAGCGUAGGAACAGCAGUGUGCGCCGCUCGUCGGUGAGCUCCUCGAGGAGCCAGACGCCAAUGGUUUUUGACAGCGAUGGCCAAACGCCGCGCAAGCAGCCUGCCUCUGCGGAGAAGCGCCGGAAGGCAGCGUCGUCAAUGUCCAAGGUGAAGAGGCCGGGCACCGACUCUCGAUCCGUGACGCCCGAUAUCCCAUCACGGCUGUCCAGGGAGAGCAGCCCGACGGCGGAUGCGGAGGCGGACGGCAGCGGUGGACGCACACUACGGAGCACGGCUAAGAGAGCUAGCCCAGCGCCUUUGUCGGCGGAUUGA